AUGCAUCCCUCCCAUCCACAUCAAGAACUUUCAGAGAAAAAAGGAUUCUCUACUACAGAUACAACUCCAGUCCAUACACCAUUGGAGACAAGCCGUCGUACUUCCGAAUGUUUUCAGCGUGAGGAAAAUAUCAUAGCAGAAACGGACCAAGUCGAUGGCGGACUCAGGGCAUGGCUUGUCCUUCUUGGUGCCUGGCUAUGUUUUGCUAAUUCAUGGGGCAUAACCUCCGUCUUUGGUGUAUUUCAAUCAUAUUAUCUAGAAACUGGAAUUCUAGGCUCCUCAUACACAGCAUCAUCCAUAUCAUGGAUCGGAUCUAUACAAGCAUUCCUCACCAUGUUUGCUGGUGUCUUCUCUGGCCAUCUCAUGGAUACAGGCUACACAACACAGGUUCUAUAUGCUGGAACUGGUAUGAUUGUCCUUGGGACUGCGUUACUCUCUGUCUGUAAGGAAUACUACCAGGUCCUCCUUACACAAGGAAUCUGUGUUGGUAUUGGAAGUGGCAUGCUGCUUCUUGUAUCAUUAGCAAUGUUGUCCAUGUGGUUCAAAAAGAAAAAGAUGCUUGCUGCAGGUGUGGCGUCUACGGGAAGCGCACUUACUGCUUUCUACGUGCCAAUCGUCCUAAACAAACUGUUUUCAAAAAUCGGAUUUGCCUGGACUGUUCGAGUAUACGCUCUUAUCAUACUUCUCACUGCUGGGACAGCAUGCCUGGUGAUGACUCCAAAGAAGGUCGUCUUCAAACAUGGACCGUUGAUCAACGUGAGCUACUUCAAAGAUCCAAAAUUUACGUUGUUUGUCAUCGCCUUCGGCUUCACAAUGGCUGCCAACUACAUUCCUUAUUUCUAUCUGACGGCCUACGCAAAGGCGCUAAACGUCCAGUCGGGAACAUUGGGCCUCGUCAGCAUCAUAAACGCUGUUUCAGCCAUCAGCCGGCUCCCUCCCGCCUUGUUAGCGCAUUACAUUGGCGGUGCGAACACUCUCAUCAUUUGCUGCGGUUUAUCGACCGUGACCCUAUAUAUGUACACCUUGACCACAUCAACAUUCGGCGGACUUGUAGCUCUUGCUGCCUGUUACGCCUUGGCUUCAGGUGGUGUGCUCUUCCUUCCACCGAUGAUUUUAUCCAACUUCGCCGGCGAUGAUCGUGCACAGUAUGGAACCAUGAUUGGUAUGGGCUAUACAAUUGGCGCCAUCGGCGUGUUAGUCGGUAAUCCAAUUGCUGGUGCCACGAUUAGCGGCUCCGCAACCAACACAGCAGUGAGAGAAAUAGGAGACGUGGGUAAGGCGCAUAGCAAGUACCUGGGCGUCUGGAUCGUCGCAGGAUCUUCCAUGGCUAUUGCCACAGCACUACAUUUUAGCGCAAGGAUGAUCUGGGUGAAUUGGAAAAUCAAGGCUCAGGUAUAA